CAUUCAUGUGAUUAGAUUGUGUUCCAUGUGACUUGCCAUACAGUAUCCAAAAUCCCUGGUGCCGAGAGAGGAGAUGUGGGAAGGACACUAUGCUACAGUAGCGCACUGGGUUGCUGCUGUUCAGAGAGGAGCAGUCCAGACUCCACUGUGGUACCGGAUGAUGCAGAGACAGAUAGAGAGUGAGAGAGGUGCGCAGUAGGCUUCUCAGUUCUCAUUGGAGACGUUUUGCAGUCGCUUAGGAAUGUUUUCACGUUUUGCACUAAAGGAAGUUUUCUGAAACAGGAAAAACUGUGGCUAGUCCAACCUAUCCCCUAUGACUUGACUGGGGAGAAGAGUGAGUGGAGUAAACCGUGCCUCUGCGCGGUGCGGUGUUGCGUUAGGGGUGACGUUCGGUGGGGAAGAGGCUGAAACGGUAUCAGGGUGAGAAGAGAUUAUCCGUAACAGCAAAUAGAAGAUCUCCAUUGGGCUCGAGCUCCUCUCUCUCUUUUCUGACAAACCAUCACUCACCGACCAACCGUCACGGUUUGAAGAUGCCCUGCGCUUCAUGAACGAACGAGUGUCCUCAGUUCCUCCAUUGUAUGCUGGCUAUACUGUAGCCUACCCGGCGACAAGGCUGCAUGUUUUGGAUAUUUGGAUAGGAUAAACAGCGUAGUCAUUUUUGGAUUGAAAUUACCAACGGAAAAUUCAUCCAUAAAUGAUGGACGAGCGAUGUUAAUAGUGGACAACUGAAGGGAUUGAUAGCCUACAACGCAUUAUAGUCUAGGGUCCCUCCCAGCCUUUCCAGGUGUUGUGUGGUGGUCUAGAAUGUAGGGAUGAUCCCUGUGGGGCGACUGAAGGCUCAGCCACAGCUGUGGCAGAUAGAGAGAGAUGCCUCUCCAUGGCUGUGGAUGCUUCCUGGCCCUGGUUCUGCUGCUGCCUCGGGGCUCUGCCGGCUGGGUGCCAAUACAGCCCCUGUUGCCGCGCCACACCAUCACCACCCCUUCCUGCUCUCCCAUCACCACCCUCCUCCGUUGCUCCAAGCCGUCUCCAGCUGGCAGCUGUCCUGUGAUCCCUUCCUGCCUCUGGCCAGGAUACCGACACACACAGCAGCUAACCCUGGCAUCAGUCAGUUUCCCCUGCAGAACGUGCAGUGGGAGCUGCCAUCUCCACACCACGUGCUGAGAUUUCAGCCUUCUGCCAACCUGGAGCUGGUCCCUGUAUUUCCCCAUCUGCACCGCUCAGUGCUGCCUCCUCACUGUGGCAAAGGAUGGGUGGAGAAACGGGUCCCCGACUACAAGGCAUACUUGAACAACACUCUAGCUCUGGAGAACACCUGGCUUACUCCGGAGGAAAUAGGAAUCUUCCAGCGGCAUGAAAAACCAUUGUUGAUGACAAAUCAAAUGGCAAUGAGCAUAUCUAGGCCAGCUACUGCCUCCAGGAGUCUCAACUCUCUCCUCAUGUUACCCAGACCUGCUGCCUCCAGGAGUCUCAACUCUCUCCUCAUGUCACACAGACCUGCUGCCUCCAGGAGUCUCAACUCUCUCCUCAUGUCACCCAGACGUAUAUCAGGUUGUCCUGUGGCUAUCAAGAGAGUGGGCAGGAACAAGAGGAUCUCUCUGGCAGCUGCCGCCAUGACAGCCUUGGAAUCAGACCCCUCCAGACUCCAAGGGCCUUCGCCCUCCUCCUGCUCUCCCUCGUUCAUUCAUCCCCUCCGCCUGUUCCAACUGUCACCUAUCAAGAUCCCCUUUCGCCUGUCUCCACCUGGCCCAGGAUCCAGUGCCACCUGGGAGGGCCUGAUGGGACCCAUGCUGCCAGCCCAGUUUGCCCGGAUGACAUCACUGUCAGCGCCAGGUGUUGCUCUCAUGACCGGAGACUGGAGACCCCACUCAACAUCAGAUAAGCGGUUGUCCAGGAGAAGAGCGUCAUGCGCUGCGACGUUGGUGCUGCAUACACUGCAGGAAACAACCCAGGAGAAACACACAGAGCAGGAGAUGGUAGAGGUCCCCAUGGAGGAAGAGGACGUUGCCCUAAAGACAAGCGUCCUGUAG